GAAAUUGAAGAACAAACAGGCAAACCAAUAACGGUCAAGGUCAAACAAACCCAAUAAAUUGUGCAAAACACGUUCCCGUGAUAUUGCGUUCUCCCAUCACCUGCUUCUCUUUUCCAAAUUUCAGAAAUCACUAUUCUUUCUCUCUCGCUCGCUAUAUUGCGUUUUCCAUUGGAAGAAUCCAUCAUCAGCAACCAUGUCAUCAGCAACCAUGUCAUCAGCAAUCUCUCAGCUCUCGUGCUUCUCUUCCAUCAACCGCAGACUAAAGCACCACACCCGAUCAAUUCCUUGCCUCUCUCUUCGUCCAAAGGUACUGGUUGUUAAGAGUCGUAGUCGCCAUGGCCGUGGUGCAGAAAUAUCGAGUUCAGAGACUAAGACCGCUCUAAGUUAUUCAUCAGAUACAUCAAAAUCACAAAAUGAAAUGCCAACAGAGUCAUAUGCUACUACAGAAGAAUAUGCUUCUGGAAAAGUGAUAAGUGAGCCCGUGCAAGAACAUGUUAUCACUCAACAGAAAAGGGCAGCAAAGAUCCAUGACUUCUGUUUUGGAAUUCCCUUUGGUGGGAUUGUUUUAAGUGGGGGUCUUGUUGGUUUUAUUAUUUCAAGAAACCCUGCUACUUUAGGCACCGGUUUGCUUUUUGGAGGUGCUUUGCUUGCCCUCAGCACAGUUAGCUUAAAGGUCUGGAGACAAGGAAUGUCCAGCUUACCAUUGAUACUAGGCCAAGCAGCACUUUCCGCGGUCCUUCUAUGGAAGAAUUUUCAGACCUACUCAUUGACAAAGAAAAUAUUUCCAACAGGCUUUUAUGCUUUCAUAAGUGCUGCAAUGCUGUGCUUCUAUUUAUAUGUGGUGCUGUCCGGAGGAAAUCCACCACCAAAGAAGUUGAAAACGUCAUCAGCUGCUGUCCUGUCAUAAUGAGAACGACAAAAAGGUCAGAUUGUAGUUUGUGCUUUAUGGAAAAAUAAAAAAAAAAUCCUGACUUUAUGACUGAGAUUGGUCUAUAAAUGAAUAAUGCCACCUGACAUGAAUUGUGGAUUAGCUAUGAGAAGAGCAACUAUACUAAUAGAAUGGGGUUUUGAUUAGUUGUCGGCAAUGUUGCCCUAAGUAAUACAAGUGGCUGGAUAUAUCCGUUGUGUAAUUGACAUAUGGAUUUUACAUGUGCUCUUUACUAGCAAGCAAAUAGAAAAAAACAAACUUUGUGAAAUGUGAUAUUGUGUUGGUUCCUUACUAUUCAAUCUGUCCUGAACUUCAUUUCUGCAUAAUAUGUUGGACAUUAGCAUUAUCAUCAGAUAAAUUAUUAGCAUUUGUUUAUGGUUUC